AUGGCACUACCACUAUACUGCCAUUCCACAUGUGAGAAAGGCAAUGUCACCACAAGCGGUGCAACUCUAUUUACAGUCAUUGUUUCGUUUCAGAUAAAUCUUGUACCCUUACCGAGGAGACAGUUGAAAAGAUAUGAGUCAUCCUCAUCCGAUUCCCCAGACGACGAGUAUGGGCAGGCAUCAGAAGAAUGUUCUUCGGGUGUUUUAAUCUAUAGACCAAGGCCGUUGCACCAAUACGACAAUUUGCAGGUUUUUCAUCAACCGAUGUGUCUGAUAUUUUCGGAUGAAAACAACAUUCCUCGAUUUGAAAAAAGCGUUGUCGAUGAACUUGCAAUGAUCGAUAUGCCUUUGGUCGUUGCUGGCAUCGCUGGCUUGUAUCGAACAGGAAAGUCCUAUUUGCUUAACCUUAUUGCUGAGGAAAACAGUUAGUGUUAGACUCAUGUCAAACAGCGGACAUACUCUUUGUUAUUUUGCCCAGAGAGAAACAAACGUGUGUAUGUAUGCUCAGUAAUGUAUUGUUUGUAUGAUGCCAUACUUAAGGAUAAAAUAUUUCAUACAAUAUUCACUCGAUAAUUUUAUAAGAAUUAUACUUUC